AGAUACAGCCGGCAACGUCAUUAAGUCCACUGGACGUGUGUGGACGCGAAAUGAUGAGACGGUACUGUUAGACGUGUCUGUUACGCUCAAUCUGUGCACUCUUUCUGUCGCUGUACGUUCGGUCUACGUUAGUGAAAACUGAAAAACCUAUUCAACAUGAAGUUUAAAUGGAUGUUUUUGUGCGUGUCUCUGCUCAUCGCCUCCUCGGGUAUGGGGCUAGCAGAAGACGAUCUCGACACGGAAGAUGAAAUGACUGUCAGCGGCGAAGAUCAAGUGCUGGCCGAUACGGAAAGCGAUGACACGAUUAUCGAAGACUUGGAGCAAUCCGACGCCGAUACGUACUUGUUGUUUACGAGACCCGUAUUCGAAGAAAAAGCAAGCAUUGAAUUGCCAGCUGGUCGUUUGUCUGAAUUCCUCGUGGGCUUCACCAACAAAGGUUCAAAUGAUUUAGUCUUGGAAACAUUAGACGCCUCUCUUCGCUACCCGAUGGAUUUCAAUUUCCACAUUCAAAAUUUCAGCACCAUACUUUUAGAAAAAACCAUACCACCUGGUUCUCAAGCUACGCUCGGAUAUGCUUUUAUUCCGGCCGAUGCUUUUGCUGGACGUCCUUUUGGACUUAGCAUCAAUCUCGCUUACAGAGACUAUGAAGGAAAGCAAAUAAUUAGUAAAUUAUACAACGAUACUAUCAACAUUAUUGAAGUCGAGGAAGGUUUGGAUGGUGAAACUCUAUUCUUGUACGUGUUGAUGGCUGCAGCUUGUGUUCUCCUUUUGGUCGGCGGACAACAGUUUUUGUACUCUGUGGGCAAGAAACGUGGUAGCGGAAGUUUGCCGAAUCGGGCAAGAGCUAAUUUGGAGACUGGAACUAAAAGUAGCAAACAAAUCGAUAUGGACUGGGUGCCCAAAAAUGUUAUUAACCAUUUAAACAAACAAAAAGCUCAGAGUCCAAAACAGAAGCGUGUUAAGAAAACGGAAUGAGGAAAUAUUACAACAAUGUGCUACAAGAAGUUCUCAUUAUUUUUCAUGGUAUUUGAUAAGACUUCAAUUCCCUAACACCAACGAGAAAAAUAAAUACACGUUGCAAUUCCCUCUGAAAAUGGGAAAAAAAUCGUUCAUUUUGUACCGAUACUUAUGUACUAGUAUAGUACUAAUAUUUUUUUUUGUUAUGUAAAUAUAUAUUAAAAUAAAUUGGUCGUCUUAUGUAAUUAUUAUAUUUAUAAUUUUGUAAUUAUUCAAACAGAAUUAUAUCCUUAUGUUGAGUUAUGUUUUUGUAUAGUAAAAUCAUAUUAUAAUUAUUAUUAGUCUUUUUAUUUUUGAGCUACUUUAAGUUUGUAUUAAUCAUUGUUAUUGACCAAGCAAUUGAUUUUUUUCUAAUUAUACAGUCAUAACUAUAGAUUAAUUGUAAAUUUUGCCUAAGUAAAAUAAAAUUGUAUACAACCUUAUGAAAUUUAACUUUUGUGAAAAAUGUCUUUGAUUAACGAAUAAAAACAAAUGAAUAUAAGUUUUAUGACUAACGAAAGCGAUACGGUUUGAAGUGUAUGUAGCUAAGACAGCAUAGUCCACAAAUGAGUUGACUUAAAAUAAAUAAUUGGUUCAAUGUUAUUUAACAAAA